AUGGAUGAAGAUUCGACUUUCAUUCGUAUGUUGGCUAUUGUACCAGCUCAUAGAUCGCCCCAGGAAAAUGCCUUCAUAUUUGGUUAUCUUCGUACAAUUGAAGGGUUGAAUCUUUCUGGCCCAUCAUCAGCAUAUCGAGAUGAUGAAUUACGCGCAAUCAGUCGUUACGCUCGUCAUCGUCGUGUUCCAGGCGAUAUGUUGUUGUAUCACACUGGUGAAUGGUGUGAUUCUUGGUUUAUUUUGAUAAGCGGAUCAGUAUUAAUUGAAAGUUCCAUGUUCUUGCCUCGAUCAUAUUUUGGAACCCGUACAAAUGGAAAUUUUUAUCGCCGUAAUGACUGUCUUGUCCUCGAACCAUCUGAUCUUGUUGUGAUCGAUUAUUUGGACAAUCAUAGUUUACCCAUAUCAUUUACUAAUACGCAUCAUCUGGCAGUGGCUCCGUCCAAGCAUAGGCAUUCUUUAGAUCGUGCACCGGUCUCAUUCAAUGAUAAUGAUACUUCACGUGAAAUUUUAUCAAAUGAUCGUUAUUCGGAAUCGUCUCAUAGUAUCAGCUCGUCAUUAAAGAUCCAAUCUUUGCUGAAUUUUGACCAAAGCAAGCUCCAAAGACGACCUACCAGGAGUACACAGGCUGAUGCUAUUAAUUCAUUGAAAUCAUUAUAUUUAAGUGACACAUCAUCUACACAUUCUUUUAGUUCUGGAGGCAUUCAAAAUAAUUCAAGUCAUGGACGUUCAACUCAUUCGUGCGUUUUAAAAUCUCCAGAAAAACGCAACAAAAAGAUUGGUUAUAACUAUCCUAAAUGGUAUAAGACUGGGUCAGACAAUAGCCAUUGUAUGGAUUCUGAAGGUGAUGAUAAUGCUGUUGAUGAUGAUGAUGAUGAUGAGGAGGAGGAGGAGGAGGAGGAGGAGGUGGUGGAUGAAGAUGAAGAGCUUGAGUCAAGUAGUCAUGAGUCUAUUCGUGAUGCAUUUUGGGAAUCUAUUCUUAAACUCCCAUCAGAUCGUACACAAGAAGAUGUCGAUUUAUUGUUGGGAAAUGUUGAACAAUUGCCUGCUUUCUCUAAUCUAACUAAGGCUACAUGUCGUUCCCUAUGCUCAGUCAUGGUGCUAGCUAUUGUUCGUGAAGCUGGUCAAAUCGUAUUGAAUGAUAAUGAAGUAUUGGACACUUGGUCUGUUGUGCUGAAUGGGACUGUUGAGGUUAUUGAACCAGACGAUACAAUUCGGGAAUUAACUCGUGGUGAUGCAUUCGGUGUUCGUCUUGGUAAAACAGAUUGUAUUCAUCAUGGUGUAAUGCGUACAGUCACUGAAGACUGUCACUUUUUAUGUGUACCACAAACCGAUUAUGUAAAUAUUAUGAGUCGUGAAGGAGAAGCUGAAAUACCAGAGAUGGGUGAAGGUGGACGUGUUGUCCUUGUCUAUGAAUCAAUAAAUUUAGACACAACUCUUAACAUCGAUUCGAAUAAAUCAUCCAAUGACAAUAGUUCUGUGUUGUUGAAAAAAUGUCGACUGGUCACAAAGGGCACACCGGAGAAACUAAUUGAACAUUUGAUUGCUGAUCUGUCCAAUGGGGAUAUAUCGUAUCCAGAAGAUUUUCUACUUACAUAUCGUACAUUUUUAGAUUCACCCCGACCAAUAGUUGAUCGUUUAUUAUCAUGGCAUUUGCAUAAUCCAAAGUUACGUACACGUGUUAAUCGUAUAAUUUUAUUAUGGGUUCAUAAUCAUUUUAAUGAUUUUGAGGAUAAUCAUGAUAUGAUGAAGUGCAUUGAAAAAUUUGAUAAUAUGUUAUCAUCCGACGGCACGGCUGGUGAGCGUCGUCUAUUUCGUUUAGCCUGCAGCACCAAAGCUCGUCCACGUCAAGUCGAACUUAUAAUUCCGUUAAAAAAUUCAUGUCAUUCAAAUCCAGAUAAUAAAUCGUUCGGAGUUGAUGAUGGUACUGGGUUUUUGUCAUCAAAUGGACAACACUUUGACAAUAAUUGUAAUACAAUAAAUUCUCUCAUUGAUCUACCAUUCACAAUGAUUGGUGGCGAGGAUGGUUUUGGAGUGUUUAUACAUCAAGUAUAUAGUUUAGUCUCAAACAAUAAUUCUGAAGCAAGUUGUGAUGAGCACACAAACGAAAAAUAUCUCACUAAUCCAUCUUCAUUAUCAUUAUCAUCACCAUGCGACUCAAGCUAUCCACCAUCAUCAACAACAUGUGUACUUCCUAAUUUUUCAUUUGUACAUAAUCAAAUACGUCGGGCUGACCAAUUAUUAUCAGUGAAUGGUCGUUCAGUAGAACAUUUAAAACCAUCUGAUGUCAUACAACUAAUUAAUUCAAUGAUAAACGCAUGUUGUCCAGUGGAUAUUAAAACUAGAUCAAAUACCAAACUAGUAUCUGGUACCAGUGGAUCAUUGUCUCCUUCGACUACACAUUAUUCAACCGGUAUAGACAAUGAUACUAUGCUAGAUCAUUCCAAAUCAUCUACAUUAUCGUCAGUCAUCAGUGUUACUUUCAACCUCCGUUUGUUAGUUAUUUUUAAUCCAGUUCAGUAUUAUCAAGCUAUUAACUCUUUAAAUACGACACAUACUGCUCAAACUUUGAUGAGGCCGAUCAGUGAAACAAUAAAUGCUUAUCAAAUUGUUGACGAUGUAAAAAACCACGUGAACAAAUCUACACCAUCAUCAAACAUCACAUUGAAUAAUCACAAUGGUAAUAAUGAAAUUUGUCGACUGAAAAUGCAUAGUUUACCAACUAGUAUAAGCAUACCUGAUGAUCUUCUUAAGAAGUCAAAUUAUCCUCAACAACAACAGUCUUCUUCAACUGUAACACUACCGAAAAUGCCAACACCAUGCUCCUUUUCUACGACGUGGUCGAAACUUUCAGCCUUCACAUGUUACAUCGGUCGUUCUUCUCACAGUGCAGAUACAUCACCGACUCGAUUAUCACAUCCUCAUGAAGAUAGUCAAGUGUUUUAUAAGACAUCAAUAACUGACAGUAGUAAACAGUCAUCCAUUUCCCAGUCACAUUGGUCACAUUCACUUAAAGAUCAUACCACCACCGAUAAUCGAAGUAAUAAUAGCAAUGAUUUAUGUCGACCGUACGAACAACAUCCAUCCAAUAACACAUUCAGCAGUAGUGCGAAAACAGCCAAUCAUAAUUACUUCCCACCAACACCACCACUGCAAAGAUCGUCAUCACAGCCGGAUUUAAUAAUGCUGGACAAAUCAUUAAUAUCUGGUAGUAAUGUUGCUGCUACAGUCAGUGACUAUAUUACCGUUCUUCACCAAAAUCAACAUAAUUUAACUGAUAGUGUCAAAUAUUCAGGCUUAAAUUCUGGUAGUAAUAAUAUUACUCACACGGACCAUUUGUCAGUGAUACGUGUAUGGCGAUCAAGUGAUAAUGGAAAAGAUCAUUCUAGUAAGCUGAUUAUAUUACCAAGUAGACACACUAAUGCAUACGAAGCGACACGUUUAUGCAUGGAGGAAUUCAGUAUACCGGUAGAGGACCAACAUUCUUAUCGCUUAUACCAUGUGACUGUUGAAUCUGGGCCAAUUGUGAAACAAAGUCGCUUGUCUAAUGUACUGGAUGAUUUAUCUGGACGUUUAACUUUGAAUUCAAGAUAUUACUUGAAAAGUUUGCAUAAUCAUGAUCCCCUUAUUGCGGAUGAUGUUGCAAAAUCAAUUCUAGCUGAAAGUCGUGUUACGUUUACACAGCUCCCACCAAAUGAAUUAGCUGCUCGAUUAACUAUUGAUGAUUAUGAAAUUUUUCGAUCUGUUCAAUCCACUGAAUAUAUUGAUGAGAUAUUUGGACUCAGUAAUGCAUAUGUUAAUAAUAUCUCUUCAUGUGUGAUUGGCAAUAAUAGUAACAGUAGUAAUACUGGAUAUGCAACAGGUCAUGAAAAUUUGGAUCGAUUCACCGAUCUUGUCAACCGUGAAGCGUAUUGGGCUCCCACUGAAAUUUGCAAUGAAACUAACUUGAAUCGACGUGUUGAUUUGUUGAAACGUUUCAUCAAGCUUGCCAAAUUAUGCCGUGAGCUGCGUAAUUUUAACACAAUGUUCUGUCUACUAGUUGGAUUACAUCAAACACCUGUCGAACGAUUAAAACAAACUUGGGAUCGCUUACCAAAUAAAUACCAAAAAAUCUAUCGAGAUUUAAGUAUGGUAUUGGAUACAUCUAGAAAUUUUCAUCAUUAUCGUACUCUCCUAUCAGCUAAUAAUGUAUCGGCUCCAAUGUUACCCUAUCUACCAUUGGUAUUGAAAGAUUUAACAUUUAUCCAUUUGGGUAAUCCUUCUUGUACUCCAGAUGGAUUGAUAAAUUUUGUCAAAUUACGAAUGCUUGCUAAAGAGGUUCGUGCCAUUUGUCGGAUGUGUAAUGUUGAUUAUGAUUUAUGCACUACUCCAUAUCGCUGUCGUACUGCUGGUGGUGUCGGACGUGCACUUGCUGGUGCCAAUUUAAGCGCGCUUAAAGCAGUCGCUUCUGUUUCAUCUAUCAAUCCAAAAUCGUACUUUUCAAAUCUUACAUCGAUGAAUAACUCCAGUCAAACAAACCAUAAUAAUAAUAAUAAUAAUAAUAAUAAUAAUAAUAAUAGUGCUAGUACAGAUUCCAAUCUGUCAGAACACGAUAUGGUUGAAGUGAAAUUCAGUCAUUCAAAUUCUCUUGACGAUAGUGAACAACAACGACGUGAAAGCACACUUAACUUUGAUGCGAAUCCUAUGAAUUCGACUAAUGUUUCGAGUGGUUUUAACGUUGGACACAAGCGUCUACAUCAACAUGGGAAUCCUACAACUCCUUCCAGUGGAAGUUUCAAUGUGGAAUUGUCUACAGCUAACUCUUUCAUUGCCCCCGGUGGUGGUAUUCGACGGCGAUCGAAUCUUGGUCUAAUUUCUUCAUCAAUUAAUCCAAAAAAGAUUUAUGAAAGUUGGCUGAUGACUUUACGGAUUCGUACGUAUUUCGCUAAUUUAAGAGUUGUCCAAGAUCCGGAAUUAUUGUCUCAAUUAUCCUCACGCAUUGAACCUAGUGGUAAAGAUUCAAGAACUGUCCAACCCGCUGUUGUAUCUUCAGUAGGCAAUGCUGGUACCACUACUACCAACAAUAAUAACAGUUCUACUAAUGAGGGAAAUGAUCCACAGCAGUUAUAUACAUCCAAUCUCCCAUCCUCCAACAAUAAUACAAAAUUAAAAGGCAUAAAGCUGUCUCUCACAAAAACUUCUGCACAGUCUGUUAUAGUCGAAUCGAAUACAAACAAAAAGUCUCCACUUAAAGUUAUCAACGUAUCGACAGAAUCUCCAUAUGUACCAUCAGCAACAGUAGCAGUAUCAAUCACAUCUCAUCCAAGGUCUACGGAUCCAAAAGAUAUGUUUACCCGACCAUUACUAGGCGCACAAUCUGUUGAAGAUGCUCGCAAACUAUUAGCCCUAAGUGUAGGUAGUAAACGUUCUUCCCAGAGACGUUUACCAGUGUUCACUUUCCCGAAUCACUUUCAUUACAAUAAUACUCAUAAUGUCGCUCAGUCUUUGUUCAUUACAUCACCAGUUCGACCAUAUGCUGGUAUUGGAUUUGGACACCUGAAAUCGCAACAUUAUAACAAUUCUAAUAUAUCAUCGUCUAUAGGAUCAUUUUAUCAAGUAAAUAAUAAUACUAUCAUACAAAUGUCAAAUAACAGCACACCGAAAUUAUCAUCUACCUCUAAUGCUACUAUUUCCACAUGUUCUAAUCAUUUACACCAUCAUCAUCAUUAUAGUAAUACUCAGCUUAUAUGUCCACAACCGACUCGAUGUUAUUCCACUCCUACCGGUACAACAGGCAGUAAAAGUCUCCUGUUGGAUAAUCUUAUCCCAAUACCAUCUCGUAUAGCUACUAAUAUGAACGAUAGUGGGAAUAGUAAUUCUACAUCGGAUCAAAUGUAUGCUAUGCUACCAAAUCAAAGAGAUCCUUGUCAUUUGCAUCAGCACCAGCAUUCUUUAACUCAUCACCAACAGGCAUCAGCAUCACCUCAUAAUCGAGGCCAAGCAACUAUGAAACAUCAACAUUUUAGUCAGGCAACAAACCAGAAUACAAAUUAUCAAUACCAACAGCAACAACCAAACCCUCAGUCUCUAUCGAAUCCUAUUGGAUCUCGUCUAACACUGAAUUCUAAUACUGCUACAGUGCUAUAUCCAUCUUGUCCCGGUAUUUCACUACAGCAACAGAUGACUUGCCCACAUCGGUCUACUAAUUUAUUUGGUGGAGGUGCCUAUCCCUCAAAUCAGCAACAACAACAGGCAACAGUACAAUCAGGUUGCUUUGGAGAACAAUCAUCAUUGCAACAGCAUCAGCAUUCAGUUUCAUUCAAUUUCGAUGAGAACUAUUUAUAUCCUACUGCAAAUACACUUCCACUUGGUGGUUCAAUGCUGUCUAUACCUCGUAAUUAUCGACAGUCUAUCAUACAAAGAAUAAUUCCACAAUACUUAAAUUGCAAGCCAACUCGGCCACCACCAUAUGAAAUAGCUUUGGCUUUAAAAUAUCCUCAAAAUGCCAAUUCACAACGAGUAUAUCAAUCACUGGAAAAUGACACGAUUAAUACACGACAUGAAAAUAAUAACAAUAGUAUUAAUAAUAAUAAUUACCACAUAGCAAGUAAUUUAUCAUCUGGCAUUAAACAUGGAACAGUUGAUCAUGUUCCAUUGGCACAAACUCACACACAAAUUCAAAAUUCAAAGUCAGAUAAACAAUUGUUUACUGUUAAGCAGUUACCGGAUAAAAAUUCACAAAAUCCUAUAAAUUAUGCCUCAUCUACAACAACAUCGACAACAGCAACUUUAACUAUUGUGUCUUCACGUUCAGAAUUCAGUAACAACAGUAAUAAUAGUAAUAAUAAUCUGCAAUAUAGACCAUCUGAACGGAAUAAAUCCUCAACAGUGUGUCAGUCAUUCCAGAAACGUAUACAAGAACGACCUUCCCCGCCAUCUUAUCAGCAGGUUUUAUCCAUGUCACGACAAGAAAAUAAUCAACGGUCAUUGAAAAUUAUCUCUGCUCAAUCUCACCCACGUACAAAUAUUUAUUCAUCACAUGGACGCCCACAACCUCCACAACGAACAAUGGCUACAUUAUCUUCUAAUUGUAAUCAUAACAACUAUCGAGCCUCUUCAUGUAGUCCUGGUAUGACUAUAGUUCGUCCAGUCGUAAAUGAUCUCAAUACUGUUGAACCACAUCGCAAACAUAUUGGCAGAUCGACCCAGAAGGCAACCUUUCAUUAG